GGGGACAGAGCCCCGGGCACAGCGACAGAGCCCCGGGUAAGGGGACAGAGCCGAGCCCCGGGCACAGGGAGCCGAGCUCGGGGCUCCGCCGCAGGCACUUGGAAAAUUAUCCAGCAGUUGAGUGCUGAGGGGGUGCUUUGGGAGCAUGGCCGGGGCAGGACUCCCAGUACUGGCCUGGAGUGCAGGUUGUGAUGAGGGAAUCCCAUCCCCGCUCCCGGGGCGGGUUUUAUCCGUGGCUCUGUGAUCCCUCAUCCUCCCCCUCCCCGGUGUUUUCCCGGCUCCGGAGCCCCAUCCCAGCAGAGGAUGAGGAGGUUCAUUUACUGCAAGGUGGUUCUGGCCACGUCCCUGCUGUGGGUGCUGCUGGACGUGUUCCUGCUGCUCUACUUCAGCGAGUGCAACAAGUGCGAUGACAAGAAGGAGAGGUCCCUGCUGCCCGCCCUCAGGGCCGUUAUUUCCCGGAACCAGGAAGGGCCAGGAGAGAUGGGAAAGGCCGUGCUCAUUCCCAAGGACGACCAGGAGAAGAUGAAGGAGCUGUUUAAGAUCAACCAGUUCAACCUGAUGGCCAGUGACCUGAUCGCCCUGAACCGCAGCCUGCCCGACGUGCGGCUGGACGGGUGCAAGACGAAGGUGUACCCCGAGGAGCUGCCCAACACGAGCGUGGUGAUCGUGUUCCACAACGAGGCCUGGAGCACCCUGCUGCGCACCGUGGCCAGCGUCAUCAACCGCUCGCCCCCGCGCCUGCUCCGCGAGAUCAUCCUGGUGGACGACGCCAGCGAGAGAGAGUUUCUGAAGGCCUCCUUAGAGAACUACGUGAAGACCCUGGAGGUGCCCGUGAGGAUCCUGCGGAUGGAGCAGCGCUCGGGGCUGAUCCGGGCGCGGCUCCGCGGAGCCGCCGCUUCCAAGGGCCAGGUGAUCACCUUCCUGGAUGCCCACUGUGAGUGCACCCUGGGCUGGCUGGAGCCUCUGCUGGCCAGGAUCAAGGAGGACAGGAAAACCGUGGUGUGUCCCAUCAUCGACGUGAUCAGCGACGACACCUUCGAGUACAUGGCAGGCUCGGACAUGACCUACGGGGGCUUCAACUGGAAACUCAACUUCCGCUGGUACCCGGUGCCCCAGAGGGAGAUGGACAGGAGGAAAGGGGACAGGACCCUCCCUGUCAGGACCCCUACUAUGGCUGGUGGCCUAUUUUCUAUUGACAGAAACUACUUUGAAGAGAUAGGAACUUACGAUGCAGGAAUGGAUAUCUGGGGUGGCGAGAAUCUUGAAAUGUCUUUUAGGGUCUGGCAGUGCGGGGGCUCCCUGGAGAUCGUCACCUGCUCCCACGUGGGCCACGUGUUCCGCAAGGCCACCCCCUACACCUUCCCGGGGGGCACCGGCCACGUCAUCAACAAGAACAACCGCAGGCUGGCCGAGGUCUGGAUGGACGACUUCAAGGACUUCUUCUACAUCAUCUCCCCGGGUGUGGUGAAGGUGGAUUAUGGAGACGUGUCCGUCAGGAAGGCCCUGAGGGAAAGCCUCAAGUGCAAACCCUUCUCCUGGUACCUGGAGAACAUCUACCCCGACUCCCAGAUCCCGCGGCGCUACUACUCCCUGGGAGAGAUCAGGAAUGUUGAAACCAACCAGUGUUUGGACAACAUGGGUCGCAAGGAAAACGAGAAAGUGGGAUUUUUCAACUGCCAUGGAAUGGGAGGAAAUCAGGUGUUUUCCUACACGGCCGACAAGGAGAUCCGCACGGACGACCUGUGCCUGGACGUGUCGCGGCUCAACGGGCCCGUCCUCAUGCUCAAGUGCCACCACAUGAGGGGCAACCAGCUCUGGGAGUACGAUGCCGAGAAGCUCACCCUGAGGCACGUGAACAGCAACCAGUGCCUGGCAGAGCCGUCGGAGGAGGACAGGCUGGUGCCCACCAUGCGGGAGUGCGGGGCCGGCCGCUCCCAGCAGUGGCUGCUGCGCAACAUGACCCUGGGGCCCUGAGCUGGGCACGGGCAUCUCCUCCUCCUCCUCCUCCUCCUGCCCUCCCCCUGCAGAGCCCAGCCCUCUCCCAACCCCAGCGGAGCCUCGGUGCUGCAGGUCUCUCUCUUUGGCUGCUCCGAGAAGCUCCUCCGAGCCUGCGAAGGAUAAAGCACGUGCUGAGGCCACACAAACGUGCUCAGAGAUGGUUCCAGAGACAGCAGCCUGCAGCAGAGAGGUGUUGCUGUGUGUCACACACCCCCACAGGGAGGUGGCCCAGUGUAAAAGGCCUUGUGACACCAGUUGGCACUGGGAGCCACCCUGGCCCGUGUGUCCCGAGCUGGGGGUGAUGGUGCUGGGCUCCCUUGGCGAGGCCUGCAGGAUAUUUGCUGAUCUCUCGUGCCCACUGGGAUCUGACAGCACCAAACUGAGCAGCAAAGGCACCAGGCAGAGCCAAAACCUCGUGGUUUGUGCUGGGAAAACAUGGGAUCUGGUGUUUGGAAAACUGGGCAAAGGCUGCACUUAAAAAAGGAGGCGACAACAGAAGACACGGGAAUGUGGAGAGGAAGGAGGGACACGUGUGGUCCUUCAGACCAGCACUGAGGGAACUGUCCUCUCCAAGGGAAUGGAACUGUCCUCUCCAUGGGAAUGGAACUGUCCUCUCCAAGGGAAUGGAACUGUCCUUUCCAUGGGAAUGGAACUGUCCUCUCCAUGGGAAUGGAACGGGCUGGGGCUGGACUGGGGGCUGCAGGGGGCAGAUGGAGGGACCAAAACUGCCCCUCUGGGCCCAGCAGAGCCUGGAGAGCCCCCAGCCCUGGCUGCCCUCCCCCAGCAGUGUAUCCCUGUCCAGGACACAGGCCCUGGAUCCCCUGCACGGAGCUGGAUCCGCUCCCAGUUCUGCUUCCAGAGCCGUGCCAGAGGCUGAUUUCUGUGUCCUGAUGAUUCUGUGGCUCAGCCCCUUUGUUGGUGUGGUCAUUCCUGAUGGUCCCUGGUGGGGUGUGGGGACAGGUCCUGCCCAUACAGGUGACAUUUCCCAUCUGUACCGGGGACAUUUCCUUUGGUGACCACCCAAAAUCCAUCUGUUGCACUCCAGGCUGGGUUUUUGGCAAUAGUCUGUGGCUUCUUAUUGCUCAGAGGGCUCAAGAGACUGAAAUCCCAGGGCAGCGUGAUCCCAGCACAGGGAAGGGGUGAAAUGUUUCCCAAGAUUUCACUCCCAGUUCCUCCAAAGGUCUGUAAAUGCACUGGGUCAUUAAAAAGGACGGUAUUUUCUGUAUAA